AUGGGGAUGAUGAUGCUUUUCGGUGGUUUUUUCUCCGAAACCGAUGCAGUUUUUGCAUCUUCUUUGUCUUCUGCAAAGAAGAGAUUAGUUAGCGACGGAUACUCGAUAGAGUUGGACGAAAAGUACACCGCGGAAGAAUCAAAAGGGGUGUCGACAUCAACACAAACAAUUAAAGACGAAUCCGGGAAUAUUAUCGCGACGAUUCGGAGCGAACCGACCGGUACGAUGGGGAAUUACGGGUUACAAAGCAUGUUCGCGAAUGUGGAUGAGUUCGGGGAGAAGAUGAAAGGACGGUAUAAAAACGCAGACGAGGACAAAAACUCGAGCGGCGAAAGUAAUAAACGGGCGGCGAAAGAGUUAGAAGGGAGUGGAAUGUACGCUAUUGAGUUGAGCGGGAACAGAGUCGUUGGGAUUGUGGUUGGAUGUAAGGAUGGCGAGAACGGGAGGAAGUUUAAUCAGAUGCAAACGAUUAGCGCGUUUGCGCAAGCGAACGACGAGAGGAAGAAAGAGGAAGCGUGGUCGAUUUUGGAAUCGCUUCGAUUGACGACUGGGAAGACGUGCAGCGGGUGA